GGGCUUGGGACUGGCAGUAACUCUAGAAGAGCUACAGGUGGUGUUCCAUUCAGACAAACGUGGAACAAAAAGAUUGCGAUAAUUCAUGGAUGACUUUUGGGGUAUAAUAAAGCAGCCCCGAGAAACUUCAACCACUCACCAGGGUCAAAGUAGGGCCACAAAUUAGUUUUAGGAACUAGGAUCUUGAGUUAGGUGUAGGGUUUCCAUCAAAAACUAGUAUCUGUUAUGAUGCCAAAAUGCUUCUCAAGAACCGUUUUUUUAAGAUUGAAUAAUCAGUCUCAACUGAUCACAAUUUUCAUUUAAUCCUGAUGAGAAAUAUAGUUGCGUUAAUAGUCUUGAAGUGAUGAACGAAAACGCUUUAUACAGUCAACUUUAUCGUAUCUAUAAACAACAAAAUAUCGCACAAUUCGCAUAGAUAAAUUUAAAUAGAACAAGAAGGACGAAAGUAACAUGAUAAAGGGUUUAUUGAUUUUAUUUCAACAGUACGGUUUCCUGUGAUCUGCUUAGUAGUGGAUAUUGAUUUUUUAAAAAUCAUUCGAAACUAUCAGUAAACAGACGAUAUCAAACAUUACGUUUUACUGAAACCGUUGCUACCAAAACAUCUAAACCUAAUUUAUAUACUCAAAAGUAUACUGACUUUGGUAUUGUACUGUUCUUGUGAACUCACUGGCAAUUAGUUGCGUGACAUCUCAUUUUGCAUUUGAGAUCACAAGUUCAUUUUCUUGGUCCCUUCUUUUAUCUGAGAUCUCAUUUUAAUCUUAAAACCAAUUCUUUUUCUAUAGUUGGCAUUAUGUAGCUUUCACCAUUAAUUUUUCCAGUAACUUACCUCCAUCGGCUUUUGAAAUCUAGAAUAUUAACACUGCUUAACAUCUUAUAAUUUAAUUCCAUUUAAGAUGAUUUAAAUUAUCCGGUUGUUCAUUUUUUGACUGAAAUCUCAUUAGCCUUGGUUGGUAUAUGAGGAUCCGGUUGAAAGUGCUUUGAUAUUAUGUAUCUCUUAUAUUUCUUCCAUGCUUGUUACUGUUUUUAUUAAUCUUCACUGAUGCGUAGUUUCCUGACAUUAGGUUUGUACACCGUUUCCUUUUAUAAAUGAUUAAUACUGCUAUUUGUAGGUUAUAAACAGCUGAAGAGAAUCCACAGAAUGAAUUAAUUCAUCUGCUACGUCCAUUCUGCUUGCUCCUCCAAACAUUUAAUAGAAAUUUCAUGAAAAUUUAUCUGCAUCUUCAGUCGCACAAAUAUAAGGUGUUCUCAUAGAUUAUUGAGGCCAUACGGUACUUUAACAAUCAUGUUUUGCAGGUAACAUGCCUUAUCGUUAAAUUGUUCAACGAUUGACCAAAACGUGGAAUUUAUUAUUGUGUAUGUUUGCUAAAUGAGUUUAAUUAGUUAGUCAAUAAUAAUGUGGUCAGUUUGUGAUAGAUUAAGCUAAUUGGUAAACUUUUGUAAGCCAGUCAUAGACUUCUUAUUUAUAAUGAUAUACUGGAGCGAAAGAUACACGAACUAAGCUAUAAUUGGUAGAACUCAUGCAGAAUUUCAUUGGUGUUUUUCUGUCUUAUAUGAGUGAAUCAAUUCUGUUGUCAUCAACAUAGUCGCUAAUACGAAAUGUUCUACUGUAGGGUACUAAUCAUAACUUCGUUUAUGAUCUUCCUCUUAGGAAAAGCUAACUGUGAUAUAAUUGACAUUCUCAAUUUGUUUUUUCGCUUGAACGGGAAUAAAAAUAAUCGUAGAAACAGAAACCGUGGUGAUGACAGUAGAGGCCUCUCUGAUUUUCUCACUAGUCUCUUUGAUUGGAAUGGAGUUUUCACUAAACUCUUUAGUUGGAAUGGACGUGGUCACCGGAGUGGUGGAUUUGAUUUUUAUGACUUUCUCAGUUUGUUUUUUGGUUUGAACAAGAAAGAUAACAGAGAUAAUAGAAGGUACAGAAGCGGUGGUGGUGGUAAUGGAGGCCGUAAGUCAAGACAUUUAAUAGAACAAUUGAUCAGUUAAUUUUACGUACGUUCUAUAUAUGAAAUAAAAGGUGUACUGUAAAAAUUGUUAUUUAUUAUGCUUCAUAAAAUUCUUUUCAUUGUUAGUCAAUACUUGUUUAGAACACUGAUAGGUUUUCUGUCUUAGAAAUUAUUUCCCACUGUAGAAACAACUACGAGUCAUAAUAUUACAAGAUUACAGAUAUUAACACCAAGCUAAAGUGUUUGAAAUGAUGGACCAGAUUUACAGAAAAGUUGGUUGUUUUUAAAGUUGAGCUAAACGUUUUGACGACUAAGCUUCUACUAUGUUUUAGUUGAGAGCUGGUACGUGUUUCAAAUACGGCUCACUAUUUUUGUGGGGCUAGGAUCUGACUCCAUUUAGAUCGUAUGAAUGAUUGUUGUCAAAAUAUACUUCCUGUCUAUCCUCGUAUGCAACACAGGAUUUAAUCAGUGUUGAUGAAUAACGAAGUUAAAUAAGUCAAAUACGAGAAUGGAUUUUGAAUACAUAUAUUUUGUACUCUGAUUGACAUGGACAGGAAAUCAGAAAGAUGAAGUGAAUAGGAGAGAGCGAAGGAAAAGUGACACGCAUUGGAGAUGGAGGAUAAGCCAACUCACUUCAACCAAGCGUUAAUCGAUAUUUAUAGUCAGAUAAAAAUAAAUUACAGGCAUGUAGUGAAUAGGAAAAGAAGUGUACACACACAUACGCUCACAUAACAUGAUCAGAAUCUAUUUCAAUCGGAAUUGUGAUUUUCAAUUACUUCACAUUCGUUGAUUUAGUUUGUUCUUAUAGCUGACAAAUGAAAACAAUUAGAACAAACGAGGACAAUCGUUUGAAAAUAAGGUCAUUAGAAUGAAUUAAUUUGUGAACUGUAGAAUAUUGAGAAAUCUCAAUUCUGGAUGGAAGUAGGUAUUGAUAACGUUAUUCAUAUUAGUGAAAGCUAACCAAUUCAAGAAGAUUGAAAGUUAAAGUAUGAAUAUAUUUCGAAGAUAUAUGACCUUGACUAGUCGAAUUCUGAGUAUGUAGUGGAUUUCAAUAGAGACGGGUUUAAGGGAAUCAUACAGCUUAUCUUUCCUGAUAUAACGUAAAUAGACGUUAUUAUAGAAAGAAAUGAAUUAGAAAAAAUUCAGCAUAUUCAUGAAUAUGACACACUUGACAUUCAUCAUAAGUGAUCUUGUCAUUAACCAGAUCAGAGGAAUAUGUGAUUCAUCAAGAGGUUUUAUGUUUAAUAAUUUCCUAGAGUUCGUUCCGUUUAUGAAUUAAAUAAAGCAUCAGCAAUAUUUGAAAGGCAAUAAAAUGAAUUCAUUUUCAUUUUGAGAGUUUACAUUAGCUACUCAUGAUCUAAUUCAUAUUAAUUGAUGAUAUAGAAUUAAUUAACCAACAAUGGUAACUGAAUAUUUGUAAUGACAAAUCGUUCUAGUUUAUAUACGUAUGUGUAAGGUCAUUUGAAGAUGAAUCCCGGAAAGAACACACAAAGCAAGUAAAGCAGUAAUUACCGACGAUUCAAAAGUUACCUAGGAAUAUUAAGAUAUUUGAUAAGGUCCUAUUAGCUCUAAGUAUUGGGUGAGUGUGAAUUAGGCUUGGAAAACUAUCUUUAGCAUAGACGAAAUACCGAUUAACUAGUGGAAUAUUGUAUAAUAAUAAUAACCAUGAUAAUAAAUAAAGGGCGUAUGAUUAAAAUGUUGAUUUAUCGAGUUAAUGAUCAACCAACAACUGUUUCUUUGUAAAUUCAUAAGUUUAAUUUGAGCAACAUAGUCGAAUAUUUCGUAAGAUUAAUUUAUUUAAACAUACAGACAUUGGUAUAUGGUUGCACCAAAUAUAUAUGCGUCACACAAAUGAUUCAAUUUGUGUGAGGUCUGGAAUACUGUCUGGGUUCUCAAACCGAGGCCAUACACUGAGCCUUUGAUCUAGAAGUCUAAUCUACAAGGCAGUGGGGCGAUGCUAAGAGAUGUAGUUUCAUGUUAGCCGGUUACCAACAAUUCGUUCAUACGUCACUUGUUUCCUCUGGGUUAUGGAGCCCAUAUGCACCAUUGGUUUAGAAUCAGGAUUUUCAAACUCUCCUAGGUUGAUCCUCUAUAUUCAUCAACCCGGUUAAAGCACCGAGCAUUCACUGUUUGUCUUCUCAAUUUCGUAAACAACGACCCCGACGAGAGAACGCAACGAGUUUGGACUUCCUUGGUAGUGGCUGUAUAGGUGUGGCCAUGUGUGAGCAUUUGAGGGAAAGUUUUUUAAAAGUUUUAUCUUAAAACUUAUGUGACAAAUUUUCAAAUUAAACAUUCAUUUUAAAAUAAAUGAAUAAAUCUCCUAACUUAAUUACCAAUGAAGAAUUCUUUUGUUGUUGUUUUAAAUGUUUGUUUCAAGUUAUAAGGCUAUUGUAAGUUUUAAGAAAUGAUAGAUCACCUUUCAAAACGUUGUGAACCACCGUAUUCUUGUUUAGAUUUGAUUCCUUUUAACCAUAAAAUAGACUAGCUUUUUUUGAGAGUAUGAUAUGAUAUCUCGAAUUCCCAUGUUCAAUUACCCUAUUUUGGCUGCAUAAGAUAAGUUUUCUUUUAAAAAAGUUAACACAUCCAUUACUGGAAUAAGUUAGGAGUGUACAUUAUUUUGUCUAUUACUAGCUAUUAUUGAGUUGCAUAUACCUACGUUCUAGACAAUGACUGUAAAAGUAUCAAAUUUUGAAGUCGUUUACAGUCGUUUUAGGUCAUAAGUCUAAGUUUUUAUUCAGAUUUUUACAUAGACAUCAUUUCCAAGUUAAUGUAUUUGAACACAAAAUCAGACAACCAUACAGUGAAUACUUCAUUUACAAAAUACCAAUCAAUUGUCUUAAACUUGACUGUUGCUUUUUCAAAAUAUAAGUCAAUCCUCUCAGACUUCAAUGUUCCUGCAUUUCGUUAUCAUCAGUUGAUUUUUGUUUCAGUUUUUUUCUUCUUGAGCUUCUGCUGCCAGAUAUUCUAUUCCUGAUUAGCUUUAUAUACUACUCAUGUUGAUAUAAGUAGCACACACCGCAAGAACACACUACUCAAACACUAAAAACGUGUUGGAUAACAUAAAAGUUAGGUAAAGACAGCGCGAGUUUACUAUAACGUAAAACUUCAAUGAGUUUCGGAAUAUUAUAAGACUAAAUCAAUCAUUUCCUAUAUCAGUUCAUCUAUAAAUGACCGGAAUCAAGACAAAGCGUUCACCAUUUAAAUGAAUCGAUUAACAAAUCGGCUCUUGUCGUCCUGUAUUAGAUUCCCUACUUUAUUAUUUAUAAUUUUCCUAUAUUUGUAUUCAAUGAAUUUUGUUUAUUCUUUUUUUGAUAUUAUUACUAUAGUUUCGCUCGUUAACGCAAGAUAAUACAAUGAGAAUUCAGUAGUAUCAUUUCUAAUUGAAGCAGAUCAGUAUUUGUUCUGAACUAAGCGAAAAAGUCAAUUCAGUUUAUCCAAUGAAUAAUGUAAUCAAAAGUUAAAUGUUAAUAAAUUUAUUGUUUGUAUGAA